UCCGGCGCAGACUCCUUUUGUUGCUGCAUCGGAACGCGUUCUCCCCGUCCGUGCCGUGCCGUGGUGGUCGACGACGGUGUUGUUCGAGUGCGAAACAGAUUACGUUUUUUUCGCGAUUCGUCAGUGGUCGGAGCUAGCGUAGUGAACGAAACGAACGACGUCGGAGUCGGUCGGAUCGGAUCGGAGAACCAGAACGUAUUCUGCGACCGAACGUGUCGGACGUGUUGGAUUCUGUGUUCGUUGUCGCGUGGUGUGUGAAAAGAAGUUCUUGCAUACCCAGUUCUUCAGUGUUACAAGGUGCAGUUUACAAUAGGAGGUGCCUUUCCCCGAAAAGGAAUUCCCGUUUUAUUCCAAUCACGGGUGGAUAUCCGGAUAUAGAAUUAGUGGACAGGGGACGAGAUAUCAGUGGUUUUGGAAAUCAGGUGAUUUAAAAAAUUGUACAUGUGAUUACCUAGUUGGAAAAAGCGGGAUUAUUCCGGUGAACACACAUAUUCGUAGUGCAGCAAGUUAAUGAAACAUCCAUCGAAAGUGGCGUGCUCGAGUGACUCCUCAAAAACAGCGUCGGAAGUGGUGGCGACGGCGGCGGCGGCAACCAUUCCAGGAUGGUUGAUAAACCAAAAAUCGACCUCGGCUCGGAGGAGAUAGUCAACCCGUCACCUACCAUCAGCAAGGGGACCGACUGCAGCAGUCCGCCGCACGUGGUCUACCUGACGGAAACGUUCUACAUCAGUUCCAAGAAGAAUACCGUGUUCGAGGUACGCCUAACCGACAAAGGCCUUAGCCUCAAAAAGCAAACCAACGGAUCAACCAAGGAACAAACCAUCCCGCUCAAGGACAUCAUCGGCUGCCGCUGCCUACGGAGCAAACGGAAAGGAAAGGGAAGUUCCGCAUGUGCCUGCACUUCCAUCUCGGGGACCGCUCAGCUCAAGGUAGUCGAAGAAAACUCCGGCCAAGAGGAUGAAUCCGACGUCAGUGCGUAUCUCUACAUCUACGCCUACAUCCUGAAACGGAACCGGCGCGGUGGAUUUCGCGAACGAACGACCAUCACCCUACGGUUUCGGUCCUUCGACAAGUACGAGGACAACAACAAGGAAGCGCAGAAAUGGCGAGCCGCGAUCAAGUAUCUGGUCGCGGGGGAAACCUCCAUCAAGCCCACAUAUCAUCCGAAGGAAACGCGCAAAAUGCUGGUGGUCCUCAAUCCAAAGUCCGGUUCCGGCAAGGCACGGGAAAUGUUCCAACAGAGGGUGGCGCCCGUUCUGGCGGAAGCGGAAAUCUCCUACGAUCUGCACAUAACGAAAAAACCCGACUGGGCCAGGGAGUUUGUCCGCAACCGGGACAUCUACCUCUGGCGCGGGAUAGUGGUGGUGGGGGGAGAUGGCAUCUUCUACGAGGUGCUCAAUGGGCUGUUCGAACGAGAAGACUGGCAGACGGCGAUCGACGAAUUGGCGAUCGGAAUCAUCCCGUGCGGUUCCGGCAAUGGGCUGGCCAAAACCAUUGCGCAUUUGUAUGACGAACCCUUCGAGACGAAACCGAUCCUGGCAUCAGCUUUAACCAUGGUCAAAGGCAAACAUUCCAUGUUAGAUAUAGUUAGAGUGGAGACACGGUCUCAAAUAAUGUUCUCCUUCCUGUCGGUGGGCUGGGGUCUAAUCUCGGACAUCGACAUCGAGAGCGAACGACUGCGGGCCAUCGGUGGCCAACGGUUUACACUUUGGUCCGUCCAUCGGCUAAUCAGCCUCCGUACCUAUCAGGGCAAGGUGUCGUACGUUCCGGCACUGGUUAGUAAUAUAAAUCGAUCCAAUUCGCUUCCCCGCGAGGGCGGAGCUGGCGGUGGAGGCGUAGGAUUACUGAAGCACAGCAUAAGCUACAACACUACCCUGGAUUGCCACGACUGUCGGAGUGGGGGUGGCGGUGGAGCCAAUGAUAGCCAUAGCAACUGUGAUGCCUGCGAUACGAACUUCAGCGACGUGCUAUCGUUGGAAACGGGUAGCAAUCUGGACACGUUUCGGCCUAGGAUAGACAGUUGGUAUUCGGCCACAUCACGGAAGAGUACGUACUUUUCCACCGUGGACAGUAUCUAUGAGAGUGAUCGUGCUUCCAACGAGGGUGCUCCGACCGGAGUCAACAUGGUUCAGAUGUAUGGGCCACCUUCCAGGCUUCCGGCGCUAACGGCGUCUGUUUCGGACAGUUGGAAGACCAUCAAUGGAGAGUUCGUGAUGGUGCACGCAGCCUACCAGACGCAUCUCAGUACCGAUUGCUACUUCGCUCCGCUGUCCAAAUUGAACGACGGUAUCAUAUGGCUGUUGAUUAUCAGGGCCGGGGUAAGCCGGUCUCAGCUGCUGUCGUUCAUGCUGGGGUUGAGUAGUGGAUCGCACAUUCCAACGCAGGCCAACGAGUACAUCCAAAUGGUUCCGGUGACGGCAUUCCGGAUCGAGCCCAGUGGGUCCACGCCGGGUCACAUGACAGUGGACGGCGAGAACGUGGAGUAUGGGCCCAUACAGGCGGAGAUCUUUCCUAGUUUAGCCAAAGUUAUGGUACCGAAAUGAGCGCAAGAGUUCAGUUUUUCAUGAAAUGAGAGUAUAACUUCGUAUAGAUCUUUGUACGAAGACGUUGCAUGUGGAGCUGCGCAAAGUAUGUUGUUUUCUCUGAUAUUGUUACCAUUUAUUAAGGCUGGGAAGAUAUAUGAUUGUGAUGCAAAUAAUGAAGGGUCAAUGGACUGCUUCACUGUUGAAUAGGAUAAUUUAGGAGUUGAUUGUUUUGUCCGAUUUAGCGCGGUAAUAAUGAGUAUUGUCUUUCUUGCAAGAAACUUAUUUACUUAUUUGUCUUUGUUUGUGCUAUAAAUGUGGAAUACCUUAUUUGGCGGAGAUUCCUCAUGGAGUAUCUCCAGAGAUUCUUUCUAAAUCUAAAUCCAGGGAUUCUUCAGGGAUGCUGUUUAAAGUUUCUCCAGCAAUUCCAGUUUUUAGCAUAGUCCUACCAGUUAUUUCUGCCGAAGCUUCUCCGGAAGUUCGUUCUUAAGCUUCUUCAGUAGUUCUUCUUUGAACUUUUCCAAGGAUUCCUUUCUCUAGCGAUUCCUUUUGAAAUUUCUUCAAUAGUGCUUCUUUAAGUUUUUUUUUACAGGGAUCCCUGCUGAUGUUGCUUCAGAGAUUAUUGCUUGAGUUUCUCCAGAGAUUAGCUGCCAGAAUUUUCACUGCAUUUUCUCCGGAGAUUCUUUCUGGGGCUUCUAUAGGGAUUAUAUUUAAGGCGAUUCUUUAAGAAUUUUCUCCUGGGAUUGCUUCUGGAAUUUCUGUAGGAGUUCUUUCGGAAAAUUUUCCAGGGGUGCUUUUGGCGUUUCUGCAGGAUUUACUCAUGGGUUUCUAUCUAAUGUUUCUUCAGAGUUUCAUGCAUGUUCUUUCUUCUGUGUGAAUACAUCUGAUUUUUUUCUAGGAAUUUCCUCUGAUGUUUCUCUAUGGAUUCUUGAUUGAGAUAGUCCAAGGAUUCCUCCAGAAGUGCGCAUCCAGGGAUUCCUUCUGGAGUUUUUUCAAAGGUUCAUCUGGAUUUUGUUCAGGAGUUACUGCUUGUGUUCCUACAAGGUAACCUUCUGGACUUGUUCCAGAGAUUCAUUCUGAAAUUUACCAAUAAGUGUAUCUUUUAGUGUCUCCAGGCAAUUCUUCUGAAGUUUUUUUUUGUUUGAUUUUUGUCGUAAAUUCCUCCAGUUUCUCAAGAUGUUUCUCGUGUAAUUCUUUCAGGAGAUCCUCAAGCUUCUAAUGAAUUUCUUCCGCAAUUUUUCCUGUGAUUGCUCCUGGGGUUCCUCAUGAUAUUUAUUUUGAAGUUUUUCCAGGAAUUUCUUCAGAGACCAAGAAUUACUCAAAUUUUUAUAUUAAAUAUUCCGAGAGAUGACGCAGAAUAUGACACUAAAGUGCUGAAUUGAUUCUUUGAGAAUGUUUUGAGUGUCAGACUGAAAAUUUGUUAAAUUUUUUUUUGAGCAAAGUUUCCAUGAAUUUCUCCAUAAGGCCUACGACGGAUCCCAUUAACCCAGAGUUUAUAGUUUACUGAGUUUUAAAAACGUCUUGGAGAUCGCCCUGAACCCAUAAAUAUUUUUGUUUGUUAUCACAAUGAACUUAUAACUUUCUACUUGGCUUAACAAUACUCGUAGAGUUUUAUGUAGUUUCAAUUCAACUCUGCACUAGUGUUCCAUUAUUUCUUCAGUUAUUUCAGCUUUAUGUGAGAACUUAUUGCUGAUUCACUUUCAUGAUUUUAAGAUAAAGAUUACUUUUUUAUCUGAAAUAUGUCAAGUUGGCAAAUCAAAUAAAACAGUUCUCUAAGCUGGUCAUAAAAUUGAAAGUGCAUAGACAAGUUUGCAUCCUGAGCUUCGAAUCGUUGAUUAUUUGUCUCCUGCGAGGUCUUUCUAUUGAUUUAUUAGUGCAUGUUUUGCAAAUUUACAACUAUUCCUGAUUCCGCUACAGAAAAGCAAUUGCAAUGCUAAAGGAAGUCCAUUAAUAUGUAUUUGAAAAUAUAAUGGGUAAUAACACCAAACAUUCCUUACAUCAGAUAUCAUUGGUAACUUGGAGCAAUUAAAUACCAUAAACAUUUGUUCGGCCCUAAUCUAAGGCAACGUAAUCCUAAUCAACCACACUCAUCGAAUCAUGAAACAAAUAUGAACAUUAUCAUUAAAUCUGAAAAAAAAAAAAACAAAAUCUUAAAGCUUUAAGAUUUAUCUUAAACACUAAAACAUACUAAAACAAACUAAAACAAAGGAGAAUAAAAUCAAGGUUGUAGAUUUUAGCCAAAUAAGCAUCGGAUGUAGAAACCUAAAUUACUCCCCAUCCAUUUCAACCGAAAAAGAACAAAAACAUAAAACAUAAGUAUUAUGAUUAGCCAACUAGAAGCAAAGCUGAAUGCAACAAUUAGUUCAAACCCAUUUGUUAAAUUUCUCUUUCGAUUUUCGACUGUUAUCUAGUCUGUAAUUUAGUGCGCUCGCAAGCGUUUUCUAGCAAAUUGUUAACAACAGGUCAUCAUUAUUGAUUGCUCCACUGAAGUUGUACCAAAAGUAAAGGUAGGUCAUCGAUUGGUAUAGUUUAGGCAGGCUCAAACCGAACCGAACAGUGUUUUGCAUAGUUGUUUCCUUAGCAAAUUUGAGCAGUUCAGUUUUUUGGGACAAUUUUUGUGAAGCUUUAUCCAGGAUGGUAUUCCCGGUAUUUUGAGGAUCUACCAACGCAAUACGGAUUAUACAUGCGCAAUAUAUUUGUUACUGUAAUUAGUGGGGCAGGGCACAACACAUUGAUGUAGUUGUAAAUCAUACCAUGAAGGUUAAAACAUUUUUAGACUAAAAACAAAAUAAUGUUACGAACAAAUACAUUUUCAUCACAUUUAA